CAGACCAGAUUCUCCAUCCAGCCCAAAACACCAACCUUUCUUUCCGUCCACGCAAAUCUUCUUCCCGUCGUUUAUUUUCUCAGAAAACCAGUUUCACUUUCUCAAUCUCAAUCUCAAUCUCAUUCUCAAAUUUCAAUUCCUUCGUUUUCUUCUUCUUCUUCUCUUCAACCAUGCUUAGGGUCUUGUCUCGUGCCUCCAGAAGCUUCAUGCUUCUCUCUGCUUCUCACAAACCCCAACCUUUUUCCACCCCCUUCUCCUCGCAUCACUUCCAUUCCAUCGUUCAUCAAUCACCCAACAAGCUGAUUCCACUUCAAGUCAAUCUGUUGAACCGAUCCAUGAAUUCAUCCUUGACUCCAAUUUUUGGAUUUUCUUCGUCGGCCUCGCCUGAACCGGAAAGUCAGAAUGAACAAGAUAAAGCUGCUGCUGAUCAAACCAAAGAACCAGAUGCAGAGCCAGAGAGUGAAUGUGAUAAUCUAUCCAGGGAUGAUUUAAUAAAGCUUGUUGCUGAGAAGGAAGAACUUUUGAAGUCGAAGCAGGAAGACAUUGUGGAAAUGAAGGGUAAGGUUAUGCGUUCUUAUGCUGAGAUGGAGAAUGUUCUGAGCAGGACAAGACGCGAUGCAGAGAAUUCGAAAAAAUUUGCUAUACAGAAUUUUGCGAAGGGUUUACUAGAUGUUGCUGACAAUUUGGGAAGAGCUUCCUCAGUUGUAAAGGAUAGUUUUUCAAAAAUUGAAUCACCUAAUGACUCUGUUGAAGCAGCAAAACUCCUGAAAACACUUCUGGAAGGUGUUGAAAUGACCGAGAAACAACUUGCAGAGGUACUUAAAAAGCAUGGUGUUGAAAAAUAUGAUCCUACAAAUGAACCAUUUGAUCCAAACAGGCAUAAUGCCAUCUUCCAAAUACCUGAUGCUUCCAAGCCCCCAGGCACUGUUGGAGUUGUUUUGAAGGCAGGAUAUAUGCUUUAUGAUCGCGUUCUUCGUCCAGCUGAAGUUGGUGUGACGCAAGAAGUGGAGGACAAUAACAGCUGAGUGAUGAUGGCAUGAAGAAAUGUCUGAGCAAUGGAGUUCUUGUUGGACACCUUUCAUUAUCUUAUUCAAAUAUGUUCACUGGUUCACUUUUGCAGGACAGUAUUUUGUCCCGCGCGGAAAGGACUGUUCUUUUCUCCUUAUAACCCGAGUUUUAAACCUUUUUUUUGUAGUGAUAAAAUACCAUACACGAUGGGUUUGAUUCUAAGAUUUUGGUUGUAUUCGUUUGCUAAACCAAAUUCACUAGUUCUAGUCCCUUUCUUUUGCUAUGAAAUUAUUGAGAGCCUGAGUAACAACCGCACGAAUAAAGUUGAAGAAAACAUGGAAUCACUUUUAUCUA